CAUGAGAGUUGUCUUAAUUUAUGAAUCAUUGUUCACGUUGCAUGGAAUUUCUGUUUUUUUUUUUUUUUUUUUUGAAAUUUCAUUCAUGUACUUAAUUACGUUUUAAUUGAACGAAUAAGUACAUAAUAAUAGAAGGCCACGAGAAGCAUCAGUGAAAACGAAGCCAAGUUCGAAUUGAAGCCGAAUCGAGUUGAGGAUUAAAAUGGCUGAAAUCGCUUGCGACGUGUAUGAUAUUUUUCAUCCGACUCUAGUAUCGUUGAAAGAACUAUCAGCAAUCACCGUCAGUCUAGAAAUAUGGCGCAGUCAACAUCAAGUGAUUAAAUCUCGCACGUGUGAUACGUCAGAAAACUCUGAUUUUUUUCUUCCUGAUUUACCAUCUACAAUUCGUAAUAUCAUCGACGAAUUUAGGACGAGAUUUAGCCUUUCAAUGGAUCACUGGAAACGAAGCCAUUAUGAGAGAAUAUUUCAAUUUCAUCGCAACUGCCAGAACUCUGUUUUGGAAGACUUCGACGAUUUCGUCGCCGAUUUUAAUGGCAACAUUCACUAUGUCAGAACAGCCGAACGUAUGAUGCAUUCUGAUAGACUUAGCGAGGUUGAGAAAUUUAAAAUAGCUUGUACGUAUUUUUUUGAAGACGAUAUUAGACGAAUUUGGCCUUCGGUAUGUGAGAGCUUUGACUUGAAAGAUUUUAGGAUUGGCAAAUGCCCGCAAGUUUAUUAUUGGAUUUGCUGCCUGAGAAAUCAGUCUGAUAAGUCACGAAUUCCAAGUGAUGAACAAAUGUUGGAUGACUGCAUGCCUUACAAAAGACCAUCUGUGCAGGAAUACUUUUGGGCUAGAUUACCUUUGGAAAGCCAACUGCGAAAUGCUUCUGACUUGUACCAGCGCGAUGUGGUAUCGUUUGUUUUGUUCAUCUUACCAAAGCUAGAUGAUCGACGCCUCAAUGAAUUUGUCAAUACUGAAGCUAGCAAAUUGAUGAUAGGUCUGUUGAAAAGUGGUUAUGCCUACGAAUGGUUAUGGCUACCGACUUGGAUGUACAUUAAGAACAAAAUUAACCAAAUUACUGUAAAAAAUGUAGUCGUAGAAAUGUUGAGACUUGAGAGCGGAGCCUUUGUAGAUCAUUUGAAGAGCGAACCCGAGAAUUGGUUAGAUUUUUGUUCCGCGUUUUGGAACAGUAUUCCAUCUGAUUGGAAGCCAUCGAUGGUGGAAGAUAUUUUAUCUUACUUCAGAUUUUACGUAGAGGCGUUUCUUUGCUCCGAUACGAUCAAUGGUCUUUCGUGUAUAAGAUUAGUCACGUUCCUUUUGAUCAUUCUUUCGAGUGCCCCUUCUGAACAGAAACGCGAUUUUUGGCAUAAUUGCUGGCGCCAUUUGAUCAAACGCACACGAUGCGAAGAUUUACGUAAAAUUAUGAAACUUUGUUUCAAUAACGAAGAUGAGAUUGCCCAAUUCAUCGAUAACAAAAUGGCGACCAGCGAUCGUGUACUUAUAGUGUGUAUCAAACUACUAAAAGAAGGCGAUUUCAACCAGUUGAACGAGUGGAUAAAUUUUUAUUACCCUGAAACACGAAAAGGUAUGAAUUUCAAACAACAACAGCUGCGGACAACUCUUUAUCUUGAAAAUAAAAAAUUUCAGUGGACUCAAAGAAUUGACCACUUUUAUCGAUAGUGCUUUGUGAUUCAUCGUUUGACUGCUGACCUACGUUGUACAUAUGUAUAAGGCCUUCUCUCGACCGUCUUCUGUUAUGGUGUUUGGGAAGUGAGGAAGAAGAUGCAGAUUUCAAACUAUGUUACCUAAUUUGAAGAGUACCUACUUAUGUUUGUGUGAAAGAAAUUCUUUGUGAAAUUCAUACUUCAGAAUUACCUUCUGCAUGGAUUAAAGUACAUAGACAUACCUACAUAUUAUUCGUUCUUAGAAGUUAAACAUGUCGAGAUAUUAAAAUGUGAUGUUUAUUUUAUUGUUUUUCAUUGUUUUCGUCUACUAAUUUGUAAACAAAUUAAAUAGAUUAUUUCUUACUUUUAUGGCAAUUCGUUUUAAUUUUUUUUCAAAAUAAGUUUGUUAUAAUUUAUGUACUUAAUCGUGUAUAAAUCAUCCAUUAGGGCGAUCGAAAAUUCGAUUUUUGCUACUCUCAAUAGCUGAACCAAUUAAUUUUCCCCAAAUAAAUAAUAUUAUAAACAUU